GAAUUCAAGCAGCGGCGGACAGUCUCACUCUUUCCCCACGAAACAUUCCCUUCUGACGCAAAGUUCGCCCAUUGAGGAUGCUGUACCCAUUCAUCCUUGCCAUGGGUCUCCUAACGGCUUCGGUGGUUGCGGAUACGGCGACGUGCUAUGACAUGAACCGCACUGCGUGGACCCAGAACCGGAUCAAGCCAUGCAAUCCAAAUGCUGGAGCUAGCGUCCACAGCGCCUGCUGUGCGCUCGAUGGUAAUGAUCCUAACUAUAAUGACCUUUGCAUGGACUCGGGCCUGUGUUUAUCGACAGAUGGCUGGUGGGCUACCUACCUGUUCGCGGACGGGUGUACGGAUCCAACUUUCCAAGAUAAAUCUUGCCCGAACGUUACGCAAUAUUGCUCUAGCGUUUCCGCUUCCACGUACAAUAUCCAGCAAUGCUCUGGCAAGCUUGGAACUUUCUGUUGUCGCGCAGGAGAUGACACAAAGGACUGCUGUGAUGGUGACAAUACAUUUGUUGCCAACACAACGAUUGGUCAUCUCUACUUACCAGGUACCAUUGACCAGAUCAACACGACAUAUGGCAAAACUGAUUAUGCCGCUUGGGUCAAUAAAACGCCACCGAGAGAUAAGAGUUCCGUUAUUGGAGGAGUGCUUGGAGGUCUACUUGGAACCGCACUCAUUGCUUCUCUGCUCGCCUUGUGGUACUCUCUUCGAAGCCGAAAGUCGUUGAAGGACGGUUACAGCAUUCUCCAACAAGAAAGAGAUGCUGCACUGCAGCAGAGCGAUCAAAAGGCUGCACUUCAACAACAAUUUGAGCAACAGUACUCACAGUACCAGCAACAAACACAAGCACCAACCUAUACGUUGAAUCCAAGUUCUGGGCAAUAUCAGAUGUAUUAUACUCCUUCUGCAGCACUUCCGCUGGAAAUGCCGCCUCCACUACAAGCAUAUCCGACAGAGAUGCUGGCAACUUCGAGGCCCGUGGAAAUGGAUACCAUGAGAAAUCCAAGCGAACUUUCGGAUGAGACCGUCUCUCAAGUCACACGGAUAGAGGAGGUUCCAAAGAAUACUGAGUGAUCUUGUUGGGCGAUUUGUCUGGGAUUUGCUUUGUGACACUGCGUGACCC